AUGGCGUCCUUCUUUCAGCUCGUCAGCUGUCAACAGUUUUUUGUCAUCUCCGUGCCACUGUCGCGAGAAGGUGCUCUCUGUAGACGGUGGAAGACGACGAAGCAUUGUGUGGCAAACAGUUUGAACUGUCAAGGUGGAUUGUUGGUGGUAGCAUUGGCAUUGUGCGCGAUUGCCAUAACAAAUGUCUCAUCUGAGCAUUUGGAGAUAUCCUGUGCAAAAGACCCGGUUACGCCGAGCUGUAACUACGUUGGGGAGGAUGCAGUCUACACGUGUGCAGUCCGCGGCACUCCCAAUCUGGUGACAAGCGUUCUCCGAAACUCUGGUCGCGCGUUCACCUCGUCCCAGGUCGGAGUUCAGGGCGGCGUCGACGUUAGUAUCAAGUUCGCGCGUGUCAGCCUCGCUGACAACGAUCUGAUCCAGUGCGUGGAAGCGAACACUGCUCACUUGCAUCGGAGAGCCUGCUUCAAACUGAAAGUCUGCCCGCCCGAUUUUGUCCACUGCCAUACGGAAAGCCAUGCUCCCGGUGACAACUGCACCCGAUCAGGCUGGAAUGCACAGUACCACUGCAGGGCACGCGGUACAGGUCUCUCCGUGCACAUUGACACUCCACUGUGCGACGGCAAGGUGCGAGUGCAGCAGGCUACCGGAGGCAAGGACAUCUUCUUUUUGUACCCGAGGGCCAACUUCACUCUGAACGGACUCACCCAGUGCUUUUCGGCUGCAACAACUCGCCAGCAGCAGACGUACUGCUUCACACUUUCCAUUUGCAAACCAGAGGCACCCCCGCCACCUUUUCGGUGGAACUUCUUGCCAGCGACGUUGGGAGCGUUCGGCCGGUUUUCCAUAGCAAGAUCUAACCGACCUCUUCUUUCCUACGGCAAUGCAAGCAGCCUCUGCUCCAGCAUUGGUUACCGCCUCCCAAACCACGCAGAGAUCUUCGCCUGGCGCAAAGUUCUCAGAAGCGCGCUCGCAACCGUCCAGCAGGACUUUGGCGGCCCUUUCUAUUUGGCCAGCCAAUCAGCCCGGCCUGAGCUGGUGUACAUUGAUGAUGCUGGUUAUGUAGUAAAUUUCGGUCACGCCGAUGAUCCAACAAGGCCCUAUCCGUACUUCUGCGUUGUGUUGUGUGAUAAUGGAUUUGUAGACAGAUCCGUACCCAAUGCUGCCGUAUGCAGGUGUCUCCCUGGGUGGGUAGGCAAGCGUUGUGAAAACCGUGCCUUCGCUUCUUACACUAAUACCAUUGGUCAUGAAAUCAGCCUGUGGCUGGCUCCAGACUCGGGCUGUACAUCCAGGGAUGAAUCCCCGAGUCAAUGUGCCCAGCAUGGUGGUCGUCACGGUUGGCGAGACGCUCAGGCGGCGUGCGCUUCAUUGUCGAUGAGCAUUGCGUCCACCUCGCAUAUUGACAGGGCCGGCUGGGCGUUUCACAACCUUGCCAGUCGCCUCGUCCUAGCUGGUUAUCACCAGCAGUUAUCGGUCUGGCUUAAUAGACAUGGUGUGAAGUCCCUGUACAGCGUCAGCAGGUCGGAUCUCCGCCCCCGAGUUUCCACAACCGGUCCCAAUGCCGACCCAGCCAGUGAUGUCAUAUGCGAAUCGAAGUGGAAGUUUAUCACCAUUUCGUACGGAGGAUAUGUGCGCAGCGCACGUGUAGCGAUCAAAACAUCUCCGUUGAUUCGCGGCUCUCAGCUGAGCAUAGUACCUGAGCUGUGCGCCGCCAUGAACAUGACCAUUCCGUUGAUGUGGUCAGGGUCAGAUAACUACAAGAGCCUGUUUCUAUAUACGUUGCCGAGGCUUGAAGUGAGACCGCCGUUCCUAAUCCCGGUCAGAAUUUCUUCAACAUACACUUACGUUGCCCGGAUUUCGCCACCGGAAAAGUACUCUCUUCUACCAGUUAACCCAGGGGCGUUCUACAAGCCAGUCUGCAUACGAGUGUGUCCAGGUGGUCAAAGGGUCAACCAGUACAAUGAGUGCACGUAGGGUUGAGCACACGCGGCUCAUCAUGUACCUUAAUUCAUCAGUUAGUAUGCUGUGAGUCAUAGAAGAUGUGAUGAUUGCCUUUGCAGGGUAACAUUGUCAUACUGAGACAGCCAGCACAUUACUGACAAGGGGAAAAUAUAACUACGCUCUAUAUAACCCCUUCCUUUUCUAUUCGUUCUUUUCUCUUCUCCCUUCUUUCUCUUCUUCUGAAUGGCAAACUGGCUGGGUUGUCCUUUUGGUCUGUAUUUGUGUCGUGCUACCUAUGUCCAGCAUGAGCGAAUGUGUGGGCUGAGCAAGUAUCUUUGACACUUGUUUGGCUGACGCGGCCGCUGGAAUGUACGUAAUAAUAAUAUUAUAUAGUAUACCAAGUGUGUGCUGAUCUAAAGCAUGCGAUUACCAUUCGACUUUUCUUCUCUUCUGGUUCAGUGCGCUGCCGAUUCUGAUGGAGCAGAUAAAUAAUUAUGAAAGGUUUUUGUUACUAUGCUUCCUUAUUCUCGCCGCCAUGACCUCCGCUUGCCUAUGCUACCCAACACAUUCUACACACUCUAGUAUAAUAUAUAUGGCACGGUAACAGUCAGACAUGGUAGGCCAGGUUUUCUUUCCAAUGGCAUGUCAGUUGUUCCACUAAGUUACCCCCGUUUGCACCAUGUGAUUGUGCUUUUUAUUUUUUUUCCGUUGGCUGCGCUUCAACUACCCAACUUUUGUCCGUUGUGCCCAUGUUUCUCUUCUACUUUCUUUCCUUUUGCAUCGACUGGGCUCCUUUUCCUGUGUGUCUCUUUCAGCUAUCUUUUUUCCUCUUUCCUCUGAGACUGUUCCACAGUCUUUGGCCAUGUCUGGCAACAAAAACUCAUAAAUGUGCAGGUUGAAGUAUGUGUACAGUAUUGCUAAAGUGAAAUCUGAUUGUGUGCGUGUCUCAGUUCAAUACGCACCAUCCUGCGUGCAGCGCUAGACCUGCAAACGCCGUUGUGUGAACUCGUUCAGGACACACUCUGA